CUGCCCACUGCGAUUGCCGGCACCGCACCCACAGCAUAUUCCCUGUGGCUACUUCUAACAGGCAAAUCCCAUGACGUCGCUGAACACUGGUGCAGGGCAUGCAUCCUGCUGCAAUUGCUGGAACUUACAGUAUUUCCCAUGCAGAGCUGCAUUCAUCCUAUCAAGAAGAUCCUGAUUUCUACAAACUUCAGUUCACUCCCAAUGCCAUCCAGACCUCCCUACAUUGCAUUGUCUGCUUUACUGUCUUGAUAUUGUCGGAUGUCUCCUUCAUUGCAGCUCCCAGGUCACCGCCAUACCAACGCCCUCAUGAUCACACACCAUAACUCAUACCAGCUCCCUGAUCACCGCAUACCCCAUACCAGCAUCCCUGAUCACUGUCAUAAGUCAUACCAGCAGCCUGAUCACUGCCAUACCCCAUACCAGCAUCCUGAUCACCGCCAUACCCCAUACCAGCAUCCUGAUCACUGUCAUAAGUCAUACCAGCAGCCUGAUCACCGCCAUAAACCC